AUGCCAACCUACGAAAUGACCACCCUCCCAACAAUCCCCCUCCUAAUAAAUGGCAAAGAAGAAUACACGUCCACAACCUUCCCAGUCACAAGCCCCUACACAAACACCCCCUGCUGGACCUCCUCAUCCGCAAACCCCACCGACGCCCUGCGCGCCGUCGAAGCCGCAUCGGCCGCCUUCCCCUCCUGGUCCUCUACAAAGCCCAACGCCCGACGCGACAUCCUCCUAAAAGCGGCCGACUUGCUGGAAGAGCGACUGGAGGAGAAUGCGUUAUACAUGCGGACGGAGAUGGGCGCGGAUGAGGGGGCGUCGGCGGGGUUUGUGGUUCCACUUGCGAUUCGCAUGUUGAGGGAUGUUGCCGGGAGGAUUAGUUCUAUUUGUGGGAGUGUGCCGGUUGUUGAGGGGGAGGGGCAGAGUGCGAUUGUUUUUAAGGAGGCGGUGGGGGUUAUUUUGGGGAUUGUACCUUGGAACGCACCGUAUGUCUUCGGUAUACGCUCCGCCGCAUGCGCCCUUGCAGCUGGCAACACGACAAUCCUCAAAUCCUCCGAACUCACACCGCGCUGCUACUGGGCUAUCGGCCGGGCUUUUGAAGACGCAGGCUUACCAGCGGGUUGCCUAAACAUCCUACACUGCCGACCACAGGAUGCGCCCGAGGUUGUCAAUGCUAUGAUCGAGCAUCCAGCCGUGCGAAAGAUCAAUUUCACCGGCAGCACAGCGGUCGGACGGAAAAUUGCGCGGACGUGUGGUCAGAAUUUGAAGCCUUGUCUGAUGGAGCUUGGUGGUAAGAAUAGCUCUAUUGUAUGUGCGGAUGCGAAUUUGGAUGUCGCGGUGCAGGGUGUGCUGGCCGGUGCUUUUUUGAAUUCUGGCCAAAUCUGCAUGGCAACAGACCGCAUCCUCGUCCACUCGUCCAUCGCACCCCAAUUCAUGAACGCACUGAAAUCUGCCCUCGCGGCUGGCGCGUCAGCCUCUCCCCUCCCACCAACUCUCGUCAACGUAGCCUCCAAGGCUCGCGUGCAAACCCUAAUCACCAACGCCCUCGCCUUCGGCGCACACUUCAUCUCUGGCGUAGCGGAGACUCCACUGCCUGCUGACGCAGGCGUGCGCAUGGCCCCCGCCAUUUUGGGCGGAGUCACGGAGGAGAUGGCAUUGUGGCAGGAGGAAGCGUUUGCGUCGGUGGCAGCGUUUAUGGAGUUUGAGAGUGAGGAAGAGGCAGUGCGGUUGGCGAAUGGGAGUGGGUAUGGAUUGUCGGCGAGUGUGUUCACCGAGGAUUUGAGGAAGGGGUUUGCGAUUGCGAAGAAGCUUCAAUCUGGAGCUGUGCAUAUUAAUAGUAUGACGAUUCAUGAUGAACCUGUGCUGCCUCAUGGCGGAGUGAAGAAUAGUGGAUGGGGCCGGUUCAAUGCUGAUGAGGGGUUGAAUGAGUUCUUGGUGACGAAGAGUGUGACCUGGAUGGAUUAG